AUGUAUUCCAAUAACAACAUAAACAACAAUAACCCAAGCGGCAACACUCUAAACUACUAUGCAAAAUAGACCUCGCUUACCAGAGGUUUAUCUCCUUCCAAGCAUCCAAUAAUCCAUGGACAGCUGCUUAAGAGGGGCAAUAUAUUCAAGCGAUACCAGAAGAAAUACAACUUUACAUUCCAAGAUAACAUUCUAAAAUGCGAGAAAGUUGGUAAAGAUCUCACUUAUAGUAUUGACAUGCGUGACGCCGUAGUGACUAGAGACAAGAAAAGCAAGAAGGUCUUCAAGAUCAAGUCGCCACAUGCCAAACUCAUACUCAAGGCAGCUGAUGAAAACGAGAGAGAACAGUGGGUUUAAGCACUAACUAGGGUAGCGAGGAUUUAUGAUGGAGAGGAUAUAUCUAAGCGAAUCGAGGGAUUUGAUAAUGUAGAUAAUAGUGAUAAAAAGAAUGUAAAAUAUAUCAAGACUGUCAAGACUGUAACUCUCAAUCAGAUCUCUGAUAUUUUGCAGAAAUAGGACUACAAACUUCAGUCUACAUUAGGUGAGUCCUCAAGAUCUCAUUUGUCGUUUCUGAGAGACUUGAAAUCUUUGGAGCAGGAAUUGGAAAGCAAGAAGCACAAGGAGAAACUCUAAAAGAUUUACGAGGUGGCCAAAACAUAUUAGGACCAGUAUAUGAAAGCCUUUGAAUUUAUGACUUAAACUAAUAAGAAUCUUCACAGAAUUCUAGAGGAGAUCGCAGAAAAAGAGAUAGAGCGAAACCCAAUUGAAUUUAUUCGUAAAGAGAACAUGUCGGGAAAGGCCAAUGAGGAGUUUUUUUCCUUCGAUGAGGAAAAUGUGUUUGUAGAUUCAGGAUAGGAAAUAGAUGAUGAAAACGAUAACGAAUAUCAUCAGUAAGAGUAUAAUGUAGUGGCUCGCUACACUUAGUAUCUCAACAAGGCUGCGUUUGGCUUAUAAGAUCAGAAAAAUGAAGGUGAGGGAAAUAAAACUUCUACCGCGCAUAUGCUAGAACAGGAUAAUCAAUUGGUGCAAGAGCUUGAGGAUGUGUUUCAUGAUGCAAAAGACUAUUUUACAGAGUCUAUUAGGUAACCCUCAAGACAAUCUAAUCACAAGCUAAACUCAUCUUUCAAAUUAAAUGGUUUGCUUUUCGAAAAUAAUGAAGAAUUAAAAGGAAACUAGGAAAACGAUGAUCCUCCUGAAAGAGAAGUGCUGCCCUACUUCAAAGACCCUAAACUAAAGAUCAGUAUUUGGACUAUUAUCAAGGAUUCAAUUGGCAAAGACAUCACAAAAAUGUCAGUGCCAGUUUAUUUCAAUGAUCCUACCAAUAUAUUACAGAAGUGCGCAUCUUCAAUGGAAUAUAAUAAUAUAAUCGAUUAAGCUAUUGAUUAAUAAGAUCCCAUUAGAAGAUUAGCUUUCAUUGCAGUUUACUCGACAACUUUGCUUACAGUUAUUGAGAAAAACACCACUAAGCCUUUCAAUCCAUUACUUGGUGAGACCUUUGAACUGAUUACUCCAAGCUUUAAAUAUAUUGCUGAGUAGGUAUCACAUCACCCACCUAUAACUGCUUUCGAAUGCCAAGGCAAUAAGGGCUACAGACUAUUUGGAAAUAACAGAGCUAAAACCAAGUUCAACGGAAAGUCUCUUAAUCUUAUACCUGUUUAUAGGAUCUAUAUUGAACUGACCACUCAUGAUGAGAGGUAUGAGAUCUCACAACCAACUGUUAGUGCUCAUAACUUGAUCAUCGGAAAUCUAUAUUUAGAUUUAGGUGGGAAAUCCGUCAUCAGAAAUUGUAAAACUGGAGACUAUUGUCAGCUCGAGUAUCAUAAGAGAGGAUGGAGCUCGUCAAACUCAUUCAAGGUAGACGGUGAGGUGUAUAACAAGAAAAAAGAAAUAUUGUAUAGAGUUGAGGGUAAGUGGAAUGAUAGUGUUGGCAUUAUUAAUGCAAAAAAUGGACACCGAGAGUAGAUAUUUGUUAAGAACCCAUAACCAGAUAAGCAUGAAUAUAUGUAUGGAUUUUCAAGAUUCAUGAUCUAACUCAAUUAUCUUCCAAAUUUCAUGAAGAGCUAAAUCGCACCUACUGAUACCAGAUGGAGACCUGAUUAAAGAGCAUUAGAAAGUGGAGACAUGAAAAAUGCUGCUUAUGAAAAGAACAGACUUGAAGAGAAGCAAAGGAAUGUCAGAAGAUAUAAUGAAAAACACAACAUUGCUCAUAAGCCAAUAUACUUUGAGGAAUGGAAAAACCCAGAGGACGAUUAAGUUUACUAUGUGUACAAUGGACAGUACUUUGAGCGUGAUAGAAAAUACAAGGAUUGGAAGCGACUACCUGAUCUCUACAGCGAAAAUUUACCUCCUGAAGUAGAAUAGUUUGAUAAGAAAACUAAGAAGUGA